AUGUUGGAAGAAACAGUAGAUUAUCUCUUGUCACAAAAGGAUUUAACAUUUGAAAUCAUCAUUGUCGAUGAUGGCAGUCAUGAUAAUACUAUCCAAGUGGCACUAGAAUUCGCUAAACAAUAUGAACAAGUGGAUAUUCGUAUUUUGGCAUUAGAUAAAAAUAGAGGUAAAGGCGGUGCUGUAACUCAGGGCAUGUUGGCUGCUCGAGGUGAAUUAUGUUUAAUGGUAGAUGCAGAUGGCGCUACUCAAUUCUCUGAUCUUGGUCAACUAUUAAAAGAAAUCAAAAAGAUUGAGAAGAAUGGUUAUGGUAUUGCUAUUGGAUCAAGAUCUCAUUUAGUGACAACAGAGGCAGUAGUGAAGAGAUCCUUUAUUAGAAACUUUUUAAUGCGUAGUUUUCAUACACUCGUAUUUGUACUUGGUAUUCGAGGCAUAGAAGAUACACAAUGUGGAUUUAAAUUAUUUACACGUAAAUCAGCACAAAUCAUUUUCCCCAAUAUGCAUGUCGAAAGAUGGAUAUUCGAUAUUGAGUGUCUUAUGAUUGCUCAAAUACAAAAUAUGCCUAUUGCUGAAGUUCAAGUCACCUGGCAUGAAAUAGACGGUUCCAAAGUUAAUUUGAUGAAGGAUUCAAUUAACAUGGCUCUUGACUUAUUACUCAUUCGAAUGAAUUAUGUAUUUGGAUUUUGGUCUGUCAAAUAA